UUGUUUACGUUCUCUCUCAAGUGUUCUCAUUUCGGUUUCCACUGGAAAUUAAUGUAGAAAAGUAUUUAUAGAAAUCAUUUUGUAUGUGAAUUUAUGAACGUGCUUGUGCAGUAAGUAACUCUACUUUUAAGCAAGCCCUUUUUAAGGGAUGAAGUAAAUAUAAACUACUGUAAGUACUGUGUGUUAUUGCAGUGUAGCAGUGGUGUACAAGCAAUACCAUCUCGUACAAGACUUACCCACAAUCUCUGAAAAUCUCAAAAUUCUGGGAUAGUUGGAGUGUAGCGCCAGCCACAUAUCAUCAAGACUAAAUCUUGACUGAGGAAGGAGCAAGGUAACAGGAGGGAGAAGGAGCCGGCAUCAUCAUGGCGUUCGCAGGGCUGAAAAAACAGAUUAAUAAAGCCAAUCAGUAUAUGACUGAGAAAAUGGGCGGAGCGGAGGGUACCAAACUGGACAUGGAGUUCGUAGAAAUGGAGAGGAAAAUCGACGUCACAUGUGAACUGGUGGAGGAACUGCAGCUCAAAACCAAAGAAUUCUUACAGCCUAAUCCAACUGCCAGAGCCAAAAUGGCUGCCGUCAAAGGAAUCUCCAAGUUAAGCGGUCAAGCCAAAGCCUCCUCAUAUCCGCAAUCAGAGGGAAUCUUGGGCGAAUGUAUGGUCAUGUACGGCAAGAAAUUAGGCGAUGAUAGCUUAUUUGGUCAGGCAUUACAAGAAAUGGGAGAAACUAUGAAACAGAUGGCAGAUGUCAAAUACUCUCUUGAUGACAAUACAAAACAAAACUUUUUGGAGCCUUUACACUCGUUACAAACCAAAGACAUUAAAGAAGUCAUUUAUCACCGGAAAAAGUUGCAUGGGCGUCGUUUAGAUUUUGACUGUAAACGAAGGAGACAAGCAAAAGGUUCUCAAAUUACAGAUGAUGAGGUCAAGCAGGCAGAGGAAAAAUUCGCAGAGUCAUUACAUCUAGCCCAGCUCGGGAUGUUCAAUUUAUUGGAAAAUGAUGUCGAGCAAAUCUCUCAACUGACAACAUUUGCAGAGGGUCUCCUAGAUUAUCAUCAGCAGUGUGUUGAGAUUCUGAAUGUCGCAGUUGAAAACUUACAAGAGAAGAGAGACGAAGCAGCACAAAGACCCAAGACUGAAUUUGUACCCAAGACGCUUGCAGACCUGCACGUCGAAACCGGGUUGGAGGAAAUCAACGGUGAGAGUGUUUUCCAUGUUGGUCUCAGUGACACUAAUAAUUGGACCAAUAGUUCUUUUAGACCUUUUCGCAUGAGCAUGAGUUCGCCUGAACACGGCAAGCCCAACCAGCUAGAGUUGGCAGCCAAUAACAACCCCAGAUCCACUAACGCUUCCCCUGUCCCCUCUCCGGUCCAUCAAAAUAAACCAUCACCAAGUCAUCCUAGUCAACCAUGUGCAACUGGUCUCUAUGAUUUUGAGCCGGAAAAUCCUGGAGAAUUAGGCUUCAAGGAAGGAGACACAAUAACUUUGCUAAACAGAAUAGACGAAAACUGGUACGAAGGAAGUUUGAAUGGGCGAACGGGGUACUUCCCUGUCUCUUAUGUUCAAGUCGUUGUUCCUCUAUCCUAAAGCCGCCACUUCGUAUUUUCAUACUCAAGCUAUGCCCUUGGUUUUCAUCAUUUAUGUUAUAACUGUUAUCUAUUUCUAGAGUUUAUCCUGUAAGUUAUCCAGGAAAAGGAACUAACAAAGAUUCCUUUUUAUGAAUGUUAACUUCAGUCACAUGUUACUGAGUGACGCACCGAAGACAGAGGCUGGCCUUCAUCUCUUUGCAAAUACCGUACUCCGUGAAGGAUAACCAAUCCAUACUUUUUACAAAUGCUUGAGUUCUGGAAGUGUGUAUUUUAGGUUUUAAAAUGUUUUUUUUCAGAAAUUAAGCAAGGGCAAGAAAUAUCGGAGGCAGGAUAUCUUUCACCCUUAUGGUCAGGAGAUUGAUGAUGAAUUCUGUCUUUACUGUGUCACUCCUGAACCCCAAUUUGAAUGUGUUAUAAAGUAAAUGAAUAAAAAAUUUUAAGUUAAUUAUCAUAAUAAUACAAUAAAGUAAUUAAAUAAUCAUCGAUUUGAUCCCCUAAUCUUAUUUAUCAUCUGUUUCAAUGCCUAAUAUGUGUACCAUACAUUAAUUUACCUACCUAUCCAUUACAAAUCCUAGGGAAAUAUUGUUUUAAAUCUCUGUUCUUUAUUUUGUGUGUCUUCUUGUUUUAUUUUGUUAUUUGGAAUCA